GUUUACUGAAACGAACAUUCAUCAUAUAUGCAUCCACUAUCCUCAGAAAGAUUGGUCAUUCACGCAGUAUUUUUAUUCGAAGUUGGUAUGAAUUUUUUAUGACUAUUGAGAAAAUGCUUCAGGAUAAAACGAUCUGAGUUAUGGUUGGUGUGGUAUUGCCGGACUGUGUCUACCCCGGGGCAAAACAAAAAUUUGUCAAGUUUGUCGAGACGCAAUGAAGUGGAAUAAAACAGGUGAGACACAAAUAGCCCCUUCCACUUCACGUUGACUCCUCCACUCCAGUGCCGUCACUGCCAAAUGGACCCUAGCGAGAAUGGGAGUGAAACAUCUCACAGUAUCUUCACGGGAGUGUCGUGCUUGACACAUUCUUCUUUAUAUAUUCACGAAAAACUUCAUGUCAGCGAUUACAAGCUCGUCUGGGCAUUGCAAACUUGUGAAAAACGGCAACAGGGGACAAUAAAAACUGGGAAUAUGAUUAGCCGACAAGUAAAGGAACAACCGUGGAGUUUUCUAUACACUAUCAGGUCUAGGACAGCCGACUGGAGCCGGGGGUUUUUCCCAUGCUGAAUUCCCUCUGUGUGUUCAUAAUGGCGUGGCCAUGGUGUGCUCUUACAAACAAAGCCCUCUCAGCAUAGGGUCUAGUGAAAUAUACGUACCAGGAGGCUUUAGCAUCCAUACAAUCUCAAAAUUGACAACUCUUAAUUAUACGUUUGCCAAGUAGUAGCCAAUCACAGCGCGCUGUUGUCAAUAUGGGGCGGAGCCAUUGUGAAUCUAUUGAAUAUUUUGCGUGUUUGAUAUGAUGCACACACUGAUUAUAAGUUGGCUACUACGCUAGUGUAUGGACAGUAAUCGUUAUCCCAUCAUCAACUCAUCACGUUGGAGUGAGAACUGCUAGUAUAUUAUACAGUGCAAUUAAAGUUAAUAAGUAGGCAAGGAACACUAGUGUUUCUGUAAAAUAGUAUGCUGAAUAUGACAGGAUCUGAGGCCAUCGGCCAAGAUAUUCCGGACAGUAAAUCUGCGUUUAUGGAAAUUCAACAGAUGCAACAAAAUAUGGGACAUCAUGCCGCAUACCCUAUCCGUGCUAGUUACCCUAGUCAGCACCCGUCACAGGAUUCUAUGUACACUUCACAGGCUACCCGUCCUCUGGGUUAUCCAUUUUCCAUGAAUGGUAUGUCACACACGGCCUACAACUCUCCGUCACAUUUUGUCAACCCCUACCAGGCGAGCUGUCCUCCAAGAGAUGAUAAAUCUCCGAUUGAAGAACAACUUCGAGUAAAUGGCAAGGGCAAGAAGAUGCGAAAACCGCGCACUAUAUACAGUAGUCUCCAGCUUCAGCAACUCAACAGACGAUUCCAAAGAACACAGUACUUGGCUUUACCUGAACGUGCAGAGCUAGCAGCAUCUCUCGGUCUUACACAGACACAGGUAAAAAUUUGGUUCCAGAACCGACGAUCCAAAUACAAGAAAAUCAUGAAGCACAAUCCCAAUGGGACCAUAUCAAUGUCCCCACCUCAUCCCGGUUCCGGGGGUAACCCUAUGUCCAACGGCGGGGAGCCAAUGACACCACCCCCUAUGUCGCAGCCUCCACAGUCAGUGUCUCCCCCAACGCCACAUUCUCAGCACAACGGACAGACCACGGUGCCAGGAACCGUGCAAACAAAUAAUAUGAUGGGACAGCAAAAUGUGCAUCAGCACCCUGAUGAUUCGGUCACACCCCCCUCAUCGUGGGCCGAGAUUCACAGUAGUGCCGCACACACGCCCUCUAUGUCUAUGCCACCCGGCAACUAUAUGUCGCAGUACCCCUGGUACUCGCACACAGCCGCAAACCCCGUGCAGCAGCAGCAAAUACUAACUUAACACAGCAACAAACAAUCAAAUAUUGUACAAAAUAGUCAUCAAAGCAGUGUCGUCAUGAACUGUGCAGUGCUCCGUAAAAACGUCACGGGGACGUCGUCCGUAUCGUGCGACAAUAAACGUGAACUGCAGUGACGUACGUCGCAAAUCUCAGAGUCAGUGCAAUCAGCUCAGGAAGAAGUCUUGAGUCGGGGUGACCCGCUUAGUAUACGACCCGAUCCUCGGGUCAGAUGACAGUCUCU